AGUGGAGGAGCGCUCCCCUGCAUUUUAGUCGAAAGUUCGGUGGCGAAGAGACAGAGAAAGUUUGUGUUUGUGUUAGUGUUCGAAAGAUCGGUUCAAACUGUUUCACAUCAAGAUGGCAAGCGAGGCUGAGAGGCUAAUCGGAAUCUCGCUAAACAAGAUCGCGCAGAGUAGGCAACACCGCGGCGGCGUCAGCCUGCACAAGAACCUGCUCGUCGCGACGGUGCUCCAGAAGGCGCGCUACAUCUUCAUGGAGGAGGCGUACAACAUGGUCCACUACCAACAGCAGCAGCAAGUGCGGGUGCCGGUCCAACCUCGCGCCGUCGCUCCGCACGAGGAUCUGGUGGGCCUCACCGCCGAGGAGGCGGGUCUCGAGGCGGCGGACUCUUCGGAGUCGUCUUCGAGCGAGUUCCUGCAGCCGCAGCAGUGCGUCAAGUGCUCCGAGAACCAGGACAAGGAGAACCAUCCCCCGGUUAAUUCCGAGUUGACUUAUUUGGAUCUGGACAAGAGUUCGAACGUGCUCCGCGAGCGUAGCAACUCGCUGAAGAGGCGACGGGCUGUGGCAGAGUGGGAGACCGAGGAGGCGGUACAGUCGAUCCUGCCGAAGAAAAGCAAACCUUUAGAGGAGGAAGCGGGCGACGAUUCCGUUUUUCUUGACGACGCGACGCUGCUGUCGGACGCCGUCAGCAAGGAGGCUGAGGCCGAGAGGCCGCUCGAGGGAGGCGGCGGCGGCGGCAUGGAGAUCGACCGCAUCACCUCGCUGGUGUCCAUCUUCAGCUUCAGCAUGGGGGACGCGAAGCUCAACAGGUCCUUGUCCGGCACCCCGGAUCUGUGUUCGGCGCAAGCGAAAGACGUGCCCGACGGCCUGCAGCAGAGACAGUUUAUAGCGAUGGCGGUGUAAAAAGACGCGUCGAGGCGCUCGUCCUAGGGAAUGUUGAAUCGACGCCGUCAGUUUGUCGGUGUUACUUUUUGUAAACGAUCUCCUGUAAACAACGAACUUUUCUUCGCAAACUCGCGCCCCCUCCGAUUCAAAAUUGUUCGUUUUUGUGAUAUGUACGUUUAUUCAUUCGCGGGGGCGGGAAUUUGUGAAGAAAACACGGUCGUGAAAGGUACUCUGCCGUACCAGACCAAUGUGAUAGUGAGAUGUUAACUAAUUGUAUUUUUGUAUAAAGCGUAACGGCUCCCGAGAACGUUCGAAAAGCGACCAUCUGUCUGGCCCCCGUUGUUUUGAAUACAUUCCAAUUCGUCGCCUUGCACCGGAUAUGGGUAGGUAGCCGUUUCUACCUGAGCACCCAACAAAGGAUAUAACAAAGAUUUGUUGUCGUUGGAACUUUUCGAACUCUCGCGAGCCGGCACAUGAAUCGUUGUAUAUAAUUAUAGAUGAAAUGCCGCUCCGUUUUAGGAGCUUAUUUUAUUCUUGUACAUACUCCAUAAUCAUACUUUAUCAUAUAUUUAAAAUAAAAUUUUUGCAAGGAA